AUGGACGCGGCACGCACUCCGAAGCGCAAGCGGCGGCGCCUGGAGCCGGGCGCGUCCCGACGUGGCCGCAAGAAGGCUUCAUCUUCUUCGUCCUCUGCGAAUCAAACGCCUGGGUCGGGUGGCAACGAGUCUAAAAUUGUGUGGAAGGACUCGCCAGCGGACAAGCAGAUCAAAGUGUCAGGAACCGGCAAAAUGGCCGUCCGAAGGGAGAUGCAGGGCUUCGUGGGGCGGCUAGCACGUGCAAGUCAACAGUCUCCUUCCCCUACCAGCGAAGAGGAGAAGAAACCGAGUCGAGAGCGGGUCCACACGCGUCGAAAGGCAGCGCAGCAAGAAGAGGAGAAAGCUGCUUCGAGGCACUUGAUGUUCAGUCCUCCAGAGAGAGGAACCACAGGUCAGAGGACGCCGAAUACAGCCAGGAGGAGACGAUCCACCGAGAGAGGAGACUCCCAAGACGAGCUUUUCAAUGUACUGGACCAGAUGGAGCAGAAAUAUGCCAGUCCCGACGUCGCAUUGCCUCUAACAGGCUCCAGAGCAAUUCCUUCUAGGAAAUCACAGCAGUAUCAACAGCAUCCUUCGUUGCCUCCAUCUACAGCAGCUUCUGCUUCGACAGACGACGUGAACAUGACACCAACUCCAGAUGCAUCGACCGGGACGCAAUCGCCACGUUCCCUUCGGACGCAGGAAGAAGGGAAAACACAGGAAAGGGCUCGGAACCAGGAGGUUGUCAAGGCUUUAGAGGCAAUCAGGGAACAAGAAGCACCCAAGACACCGGAGAAGCCGCCAGUGGCUGAAGUGGACCCUUUUGACGACCUGACGGACGAGUCCUGGGCGCUACUGGACCAGCUGGCGAGUCAGCGAGCCCCCGCCGAAGCUAGUAGUCAAGCUCCGUCGCAGUCGCAGACGGAGAUCGUAUCGCCACAGAACCUCGCGUUGACCCCUCGGCCCAUGCCUUCAGCAGUCCAAAAUGACACGAACAAACCUCCUCCUGUGGCCCCAGCUCACGAUCCAGCGUCAGUGGUGCGACCAAUGCAUGUCACUGGGGCAGCUGGGCAGCUAGACGCACCCGAAAGCUUCAAGCGCUUUUUGGUGCUAGAAGUGGACCGCGACGUUGUUAACCGCUCGCUCCUUUUGCGCCUGUUAGAUGACCAAGAUGCACAGCUGGAGGCUAAGCUGAGCGACGACUGGUAUGAUGUGCUUGUUGAAGCGGGCGACUCCAUCAACAUUGUGUUUACUGAGCAGGACAGAGAGGGAUUCUUCACGCACGAUGACGAGACGCCAGCGAGCCGACAGCAGUCGCGGAUACUCGUGGAUAAUGCACACAACGUCGUGGUAGUGCACCCUGAUAUUCUGGUAUCGCCCACCAGGGUGACAACAAGUUUUGGUUGCUUGCGACGAGCUGUCCUCCAGGAAACUCUAGCUGUCAACCGUCCAACGAGCAAGAAGGCUUUUCUGGGUACUUUAAAGCAUGACCUCUUCGAGCGCGCACUUCUCGAUGGCUUGAACGAUUCCGUGGCUCUCCUCGAAGAAGCCAAGCGCAUCGUGGAUUUCAACAUUUUAGGUUUGGUGGAGUGCGGAUUAAAUGAAGAAGAAGCGCUCUUUGAGCUUCAACGGGUGGUCGAAGAUUACCGAUUGUGGGUAAACGCAGCUGUGAUGGGAUCUGGAACGCCCUUGAACGACGUUCCACCCAAGGCCGGAUCGAAAGCGCACGUGAGUCGCAUUCUAUCCACGGAAGAAAUGAUGUGGUCGAUUAAAUGGGGACUGAAAGGCGCCACGGAUGCCUCUGUGGAGGGAACGAUCAUCGAUCCAGGGCGUGGAAAUACUGGACCCGCAGGAAGCGUAGUGCUGCCUCUUGAGCUCAAAACAGGGAGCAAACAGUAUGCCGGCGUCGAGCACCAAGGUCAAGUGAUCCUGUACACGCUGCUGCUUAACGAACGCUACCGACAACGUUGUCAGGAUGGACUUCUCAUCUAUGUUCCCCCCAUUGAGACCAAUCGUAUCGCAGCCAUGGCGACUCACGUUCGUGGACUCAUCAUGACCCGCAAUAACUUCGCAAGUGCUAUUGCUAAAGUGAAGGCGAUCGGAGGCUCCACAUCCGCCCAGGUAUUUCCACCGAUGAUACGCAACCGCAGAGAUUGCGAGCGCUGUUUUCAGGUGGACGAAUGCGUUUUGCACCACGCAGCCACAGAGAAUGGUACGGAGGACUCGAGUGGUCUUGACGAGUUAUUCACUCUGAUGACGAAGCAUCUUGGGGAGGCAGAUUUAACUUAUUUCAAGCAGUGGAAUCGUCUUAUUGAUCUGGAACAGCAGCAUGCCGAGAAGAAUCUUCGUGCUCUGUGGCUUCAGGUUGGGUGGAAACGCGAGCAAGCACAGGAGGGCAGUACCUGCAUUGCAAGUCUCAAGAUGGUAUCUGACGCGCCUGCGAUGUCCGAGUCUGGAGCGAAAAGGACUCUGCGUUUCGUCCGCGAUCGGCGGCAGCGAAGAGACAAUGGCGAGAGCGGGGUUAUCACCCAGCCAACGUCGUUUGCAGACGUGCGAUUCCGAGUGGAUGAACGCGUCAUUUUGUCGGCAGAGUCGCUUGACGGAAAGAAUUUGCUGGUUCACGUGUCUCGUGCUACUGUCCGCAAGAUUGAGCACGGACUGAUCACGAUCAAGUCAUGGCAAGGCAUCCCGUCGAUCGUGAAAAGUGGUCAGUCUGUUGUUGGCAAAGACUACACGUGGAGACUGGACAAAGACGCCAUCAUGAGUGGCUUACGACGCGCGAAAGAAAACCUCGUGCAACUAUUUAUUGGACCUCCGCCGGAGGUGAUUUCACAGGGAACAGUCAUAGCAAACCGACCAGAAUUACAGCGAUGUCGAGAUUGUGCCAAGGACGAUCGUGACGACACUGUGGCAGCGCAGGGCCAAUCUUUGCUUGAUGCGUUCUUCGAGCUGAACAUUGAUCAGCAGCGAGCUGUCCAACGUGUACUGAGCUCUCUCGACUACGCGUUGGUGCUAGGAAUGCCUGGAACAGGCAAAACCGCGACGAUCGCGUACACCGUUCGGGUGCUGCUAUUUCUUGGGUUUUCUGUACUGGUGACGAGCUAUACUCACUCAGCUGUGGACAAUCUUCUGCUCAAGUUGCUGGCUUACAAGACCCCCAUGCUUCGUAUCGGCAACACCGCUCAGGUACAUCCUAUGAUUUCUGACUUCACUCUCGAUCGACAAGCAGGGCGAGAAGGAAUUUUUAGCGUCCGAGCCAUGGAAGCCAAGAUGGUUCGUGCGCAGUUGGUGGGGUGCACGUGUCUGAGUGUGAAUAGCCACGUGCUCUUUACAAAGCGGCGAUUCGACUUCUGUAUCGUCGAUGAGGCCACUCAAAUCACGCAGCCCAUUGUCCUGAGCGCUCUGCGUUGCGCCGAUACGUUUGUACUCGUGGGAGAUCAUUACCAACUCCCACCACUCGUGGCAAACGCCCAGGCUCGUAAAGAAGGCAUGGAUGUGAGUUUAUUCCGACGGCUGGCUGAGGCCCAUCCAGAAGCCACACAGCAACUGUCUUAUCAGUAUCGAAUGAACAGACACAUCAUGCUGUUAGCGAAUCGACUGGUAUAUGGCGACAAACUAAAGUGCGGGUCGUUUAAGGUUGCUUCGAACCACCUGAAGCCUAGAUGGCAGCGACAAGACACUAUCGGACAGAAAUUACGGUGGCCUAUGCGAGUUCUGACCAAUAACCAAGGCGUUACGUUCUUGGAUACGGACUCGAUGGGUGAAGCCACAACAGAGAGCUCAAGUAUUGCGCAGGUAGGAGCGAUCAGCGGUCGUCGACGCAUGGAAAACGUUGUAGAAGCGCAGGUUAUAGCUGGACUGGUGGAACUUCUCGUGUUGGGGUCAGUUUCUCCUGACGAGAUCGCGGUUAUCUCUCCUUUUCGCUCUCAAGUCGCCUUGAUUCACCAACAUCUGACUGCCAUCGGUGCACUCCGUCGAGCUGGUGGGUCCGACUGGAUUCAUUCCAUUGAAGUGAGCACCAUCGACAAGUACCAGGGCAAGGACAAAGGUGUGAUUCUGGUCUCUUUUGUUCGAUGCAACGAAGAGAAACACGUGGGCGAGCUGCUUACAGAUUGGCGUCGUAUUAACGUGGCUCUAACACGCGCCAAGCAGAAACUGAUUCUGGUUGGGUCUGAGUCAACACUCAGUGGCGGUGGUGCUCUGUUUCAUGUCCUGUUGAAUGUCAUUAAGGACCAGCAGUGGGGAUUCAAGUUGCCGAGCGACGCUAUUGCAACUCUUCGACAGCUUGCAGCUAGUGUGGCCGCUCCCAUUGAACCUGACCCCGAACAAGGCACCACACCAGGACCAAGAGUGAGCCGAACAACGGACAAUGUGAAAGUCUCAAUCCUCCAGCGCUCUGCUAGUGGAAACGGUGACAUUGAAUCGCUCGUCCCCAACGUAACGAGUGUUCCUUUGCGCCCUCGUCAUGGAGCACGCCCGUCGCAGAUAAAGCCUAUAUCGCGUGACAUAUUUGGAGAGAUGUGA